CCUAGCACUCCGCGGGAGUUUCCAUGGCGACCGAGGCCGGGACCGCGCGGCCUGGCAGCGUUGCCAUGGAGACAACUCGGGAGCUGGGGCUCCCGAGCACCGGCACAUCGCCGGCUCAGAACCCGGCGGAGCCUCUGUGUGAGGCCCGUGGCGCGGUGACUGCGGCGCGCUGGGAUCUGCAAAAAUACUCCUUGCUCAUCGUGAUCGGCGAUAUCGGUACCGAGAGUCAGCUGAGGGCCGUACGGGCCCACCUUGAACAAGGGAUUCUCUCCUGGAACAUUGACUUAUCGUCCUUUGACCUGAACCAACAGUUGAGACUCUUCAUUACGCGGCACCUAGCUCACUUCUCCUCAGAGGUCAAAGGCCAAAGGACACUCUGCCACCAGAGUGAGAGCCUAGAGACCAUCGUCCUAGUCAACCCCAGCGCAGACAGCAUUAGCUCAGAGGUUCACCAUCUUCUUAGUAACCCAUCAGCUCACAAGCUACUCAUCUUGAGCGGACAAACUUUAGAGCCGGAGGGAGACCUUAUCCUGCAGAGUGGUACCUACUCCUACCAAAACUUUGCCCGGGUCCUUCACAGUCCUGAGAUUGCCCAAUGGCUCAGCAAUAGAGACCCUGGGAUCCAGGCCUUCCUCACUGUUUCCUGCUUAGGGGAGGGUGACUGGAGCCACCUAGGACUGUCCAGUUCCCAAGAGACCUUGAGCCUCCAGCUAAAUCCUGAGCCUGUGUUACCCACCAUGGAUGGUGUGGCUGAGUUCUCCGAGUAUGUCUCUGAGACUGUGGAUGUGCCAUCCCCCUUUGACCUGCUUGAACCCCCCACCUCAGGAGGCUUCCUCAAGCUCUCGAAGCCUUGCUGCUACAUCUUUCCCGGUGGUCGUGGGGACUCUGCCCUCUUUGCUGUCAAUGGUUUUAACAUCCUGGUGGACGGUGGUUCUGAUCGCAAGUCCUGCUUCUGGAAGCUGGUGCGGCAUCUGGACCGCAUUGACUCCGUGCUGCUCACGCACAUCGGGGCUGACAAUCUGCCAGGCAUCAAUGGGCUCCUGCAGCGCAAAGUGGCAGAGCUGGAGGAGGGGCAGUCCCAGGGCUCCAGCAGCUACAGUGACUGGGUGAAGAACCUCAUCUCCCCCGAGCUUGGAGUCGUGUUCUUUAAUGUGCCCGACAAGCUCCGGCUGCCAGAUGCUUCCCGGAAGGCCAAGCGCAGCAUCGAGGAGGCCUGUCUCACCCUUCAGCACCUAAACCGCCUAGGCAUCCAAGCUGAGCCUCUGUAUCGCGUGGUCAGCAACACCAUUGAGCCACUGACCCUCUUCCACAAAAUGGGUGUGGGCAGGCUGGACAUGUACGUCCUCAACCCUGUCAAGGACAGUAAGGAGAUGCAGUUCCUCAUGCAGAAGUGGGCGGGCAAUAGUAAAGCCAAGACGGGCAUUGUGCUGGCCAAUGGGAAAGAGGCAGAGAUCUCUGUCCCCUACCUGACCUCCAUCACUGCUCUGGUGGUCUGGCUCCCAGCCAACCCUACUGAGAAGAUUGUGCGUGUGCUUUUUCCGGGAAAUGCUCCUCAGAACAAAAUCUUGGAAGGCUUGGAAAAGCUUCGGCACCUGGACUUCCUGCGCUACCCAGUGGCGACACAGAAGGACCUGGCUGCUGGGGCUGUGCCUGCCAACUUGAAACCCAGCAAAAUCAAACACCGGGCUGACAGCAAGGAGAGCCUCAAAGCUGCUCCCAAGACAGCAGUGAGCAAGCUGGCCAAGCGCGAGGAAGUGUUAGAAGAGGGGGCCAAGGAGGCCCGCUCAGAGCUGGCCAAGGAGUUAGCCAAGACAGAAAAGAAAGCAAAAGAAGCAUCCGAGAAGCCCCCAGAAAAGCCCUCCAAGCCCGAGAGGGUGAGGACCGAGUCGAGUGAAGCGCUCAAGGCUGAGAAGCGAAAGCUGAUCAAGGACAAAGUGGGGAAGAAGCACCUGAAAGAAAAGAUAUCAAAGCUGGAGGAGAAAAAGGACAAGGAAAAAAAGGAGAUCAAGAAGGAAAGGAAGGAACUCAAGAAGGAGGAAGGAAGGAAGGAAGAGAAAAAGGAUGCCAAGAAGGAUGAGAAGAGGAAAGACAUAAAACUGGAAGUAAAGAAAUUCUCCAAACCAGACCUGAAGCCUUUCACACCCGAGGUCCGCAAGACCCUCUAUAAAGCCAAGGCCCCUGGAAGAAUCAAGACGGACAAAGGCCGAGCUGCCCGUGGGGAGAAAGAAUUGUCUGCUGAGCCCCGGACACCCCCAGCCCAGAAGGGGCCUGCACCACUCCCAACUGUCAGUGGGCACAGAGAGCUGACCUUGUCCUCACCAGAGGACCUCACACAGGACUUUGAGGAGCUGAAGCGCGAGGAGAGAGGUUUGCUGGCCGAACAAAGGGACACAGGACUAGGCGAGAAACCACUCCCUGUAGAUGCUACAGAGCAGGGACACCCAAGCACAGCCAUCCAGGAAAGAUGUCCCUCUGUCCCAGGGCUGGACCAAGAAGAACCUGUGAUAAAGGAGAAGGAGGUCAUCCCAGACUUUCUUGAGGACAAAGGGAGCAAGAACAGAGGCCCAGACUUAGGGGCUGAGACAGAGAAAGAGAAAGAAACCUGGGUGGAAAAGAAGCAGAGGGAAGCCGAGAAGCUCCCAGAGAGCGCUGAGGCCAGGGAGGAGAGUGAGCCCGAGGGAAAGGAGGAUGUGAUAGAAAAGGCAGAGCUAGAAGAAAUGGAGGAGGUUCACCCCUCAGACGAGGAUGAGGAAGAGACAAAAGCGGAGAGCUUUUAUCAAAAACACAUGCAGGAAGCCUUAAAGGUAAUUCCAAAGAGCAGAGAGGUUCCUGGGGGCCGGGAACUGGGAUUCCAGGGCAAGGUACCUGAGAAGGAGGCUUCAUCCUUCCUUAGCAGCUUGGUCACGCCUGCAGGAGCCACUGAGCACGUCUCUUACAUUCAGGACGAGACAAUACCUGGCUACUCAGAGACAGAGCAGACUAUCUCAGACGAGGAGAUCCACGAUGAGCCAGAGGAACGCCCAGCCCCACCCAGAUUUCCUACAGGUACCUAUGACCUCUCGGGGCCUGAAGGUCCUGGCCCCUUUGAAGCCAGCCAGCCCGCAGAUAGCACUGUCCCUACCACCUCAAGCAAAACUUAUGGGGCACCCGAACCCGAACUCACCUACCCUCCCAACAUGGUGGCUGCCCCUUUGGCUGAGGAGGAACACGUAUCUUCAGCUACAUCAAUCACCGAGUGUGACAAACUCUCUUCUUUUGCCACAUCGGUGGCUGAAGACCAAUCUGUGGCUUCGCUCACAGCUCCCCAGACGGAAGAGACAGGCAAGAGCUCUUUGUUGCUUGACACGGUCACAAGUAUCCCCUCCUCCCGCACGGAAGCCACUCAGGGCUUGGACUAUGUGCCAUCAGCUGGUACCAUCUCACCCACCUCUUCGCUGGAAGAAGAUAAGGGCUUUAAGUCCCCACCCUGUGAGGAUUUCUCUGUGACUGGAGAGUUGGAGAAGAAAGGAGAGGCUGGAGGGAGAGGCUUGGCUGGGGAGAAAGCUGUGGAAAAGGAAGCAGAAAGAAAUGUAACAGCAUCUGAGAGACUGCCCAGUCAGUAUACCGCUGUGUUUGGUGCCCCUGGACAUGCCCUACAUCCAGCAGAAGCAGCGCUUGGAGAAGUGGAGGAACGGUGCCUCAGCCCAGAUGACAGCACCGUGAAGAUGGCAUCUCCUCCACCAUCUGGCCCACCCAGUGCCACCCACACACCCUUUCAUCAGUCCCCAGUGGAGGAAAAGUCUGAACCUCAAGACUUUCAAGAAGACUCCUGGGGAGACACAGCACAUGCUCCAAGUGUGGGCAAGGAAGAUGCUGAAGAGAAGACAGCCAAGCUAGGGCCUGAAGAGGGCUUACUAGGAGAGGAGAAAGCACCUCUUCCCAGGAGCCCCCAAGCCCAGGAUGCUCCUGUCAGCAUUGCUGAGAGUCAGACUGGUUGCACCAUUCAGCUGUUGCCAGAACAAGACAAAGCAAUCGUGUUUGAGCCUGAAGAUGCAGGUUCAGCGCUAGGAGCAGAAACCCUUCCUCGAGAGGUGAGGGUAUCGCUUGAAGAACACCGUGAACCUCAGGGAGAUGAGGGUCUUCGGCUUACUGAUCAAAGCCUUUCCCCUGAAGAUGCAGAGUCUCUGUCUGUCCUCAGUGUGGUCUCCCCAGAUACUGCCAAACAAGAAUCCACCCCCAGAUCUCCCUGCAGCCUGAAAGAACAGCCCCUACACAAAGACCUUUGGCCAAUGGUGUCUCCAGAGGACACCCAGUCACUGUCUUUCUCAGAAGAGAGCCCUAGCAAGGAGACUUCUCUGGAUAUCUCAUCUAAGCAGCUCUCUCCAGAAAACCUCGGCACUCUCCAGUUUGGAGAACUAAGCCUAGGAAAGGAAGAAAGGGGGCCUCUGAUGAAGGCUGAAGAACCCUCUUGCCGCCUCGCUCCUGUGUCUAUUCCAGAGACCUACAUGGCCACAGUGUCACCUCCCACAGGUGAGACUGCUGCAGAGGCAAGUGUCACAGACGAGAGCCCUGGUGGAAAAUCACCCGGCAGUUCUUUCUCUCCCUCUGCACUGUCAGGCGACAGGAGACACUCACCUGGGGAGGUCACAGGCCCUGGCGCACAUGUUAUGACAUCUGACAGCUCCCUCACCCAGAGUCCUGAGUCUUUGUCAAGCCCUGCCAUGGAGUGGGAAGGCAAAGCUCCAGGGUUGAAAGGCAGAACUGCUGAGCAGAAGGAAGAGGACCUCAGGCUUACGGACAAAACCCUACAGCAGGACAAAGCUGAGCAGGAGAAGGUGACCGCCGUCGGGCAGGACUCAGUCAUGCAUCAGACAGAGGAAGCUCUAGAUGAGAAGAACAGGCCUGGAGGACAGCUGGAUAAGACUUCAGAGCAGAAGGGCAGAGACUUGGACCAAAAGGAUUCAGCCAUAGGACUGGCCAAGGCUCUAGAAUCCAAAGACAAAGACUUAGAACAGAAGGACCAGGUCCCAGCAGAGAAGGACAAGGCCUCAGAACAAAAGGGCGCAGCCCUGCAACAGACCCAGGCCACUGAACCAAAAGACAGAGAACAAGAGCACAGAGAGUUAGAACACAAAGACAAGCUGAAAGACAAGACCCCAGAAGAGAAAGACAGAACCUCAGGACAGAAAGAUGGGGCUCCAGAGGGCAGCGUUCCUGAACCGAUACAGACAGACAGAACCCCUGAACAGAAGAGCAAAGAUAAUAAAGAACAGAAGGACGAGGCCUCAGAAGAGAAGGACCUGGCCUUAGAACUAAAAGACUGGGCCCCAGGAAAGAAGGGCAGUACCCUGGACCAAGACAUCGAGGCUGCUGAACAGAAAGAUGGGAUUCUGAAAGAGAAGGACAAAGCUCAGGGGCAAAGGAGCUCUUUCCUGGGAGAUACAAGCACAAUACCGGAAGAGACGAUCCUUGGCCAAAAGUCUCCAGAAAAAGCCAAGGCUGUGGACCAGAACGAUGAAGCUGCUGUGGAGAAGACUAGCGUGCUGGAGCUGGAAGAGAGUCCAGUGCAGGAGGGCAAGGCCCGAGAGCAGGCAGAGAAAUACUGGAAGGAGCAGGAUAUGGUCCAGGGAUGGCGAGAAACAUCUCCAGCCAGAGGAGAGCUGUUGGGAGAACAGAAAGAGCCUGUUCCAGCCUGGGAGGGCAAGUCUCCUGAACAGGAAGUUAGGCACUGGAGGGACAGAGACAUGGCCCUGCAGCAGGAUGAUGCAUACUGGACCGAGCUGAGCUCUGAGAGGAAGGUCUGGUUCCCUCAUGAGCUGGAUGGCCAAGGAGCCCGGUCACGCUACUGUGAGGAGCGCGAAAGUACUUUUCUUGAUGAGGGAGCAGUCGAACAAGAGGUGACCUCUCUGCAGCACACUCCCCGGAGUCCCUGGGCCUCAGACUUCAAGGAUUUCCAGGAGCCGCUGCCACAGAAGGGGCUGGAGGUGGAGCGCUGGCUUGCAGAGUCUCCGGUUGGCCUGCCACCAGAGGAAGAGGACAAGCUGGCUCGCUCUCCCUUUGAGAUCAUUUCUCCUCCAGCCUCCCCACCUGAGAUGACUGGACAGAGGGUUCCUCCAGCCCCAGGACGAGAAAGUCCAGUCCCAGACACUACGCCAACACCACCCACGAGGAAUGAACCCACCACCCCUUCAUGGCUAGCUGAGAUCCCACCAUGGGUACCUAAGGAUAGACCCCUGCCCCCUGCACCCCUCUCUCCAGCUCCAGCUCCCCCGACACCUGCCCCAGAACCACAUACCCCCGCGCCCUUCUCCUGGGGCAUGGCUGAGUACGACAGUGUGGUAGCCGCAGUGCAAGAGGGGGCAGCUGAGUUGGAAGGUGGACCGUACUCCCCACUGGGGAAGGACUAUCGAAAAGCUGAAGGGGAAAGGGAAGGAGAGGGUAGGGCUGGGGCUCCUGACUGCAGCCCCUGCAGUUCAAAGGUCCCAGAAGUUGGCCAGAGCCACACCACCAGGGAUGCUGAAGAGACUGAGCCAGAGCAAAGAGAGCCCACACCCUAUCCUGACGAGAAGAGUUUUCAGUAUGCAGACAUCUACGAGCAGAUGAUGCUCACCGGGCUGGGCCCUGCUUGCCCCACUCGGGAGCCUCCACUGGGGGCAUCUGGAGAUUGGCCCCCAAGCCUCUCAAGCAAGGAGGAAGCUGCUGGCCGUGAUACAUCUGCAGAGAAGGAGACUUCUUCUCCUGUCUCGCCCAAAAACCUUCAACCUGACACUUCAACUUUCAGCUAUGCAGCUCUGGCAGAACCCACUGUACCUCCCAGGCAAGAACCAGAGCCAGGGCCCAACGUGGAGGCCAGUCUCACGCCGCCGGCAGUGCCGCCCCGGGCUCCUAUCUCCCUGAGCAAAGACCCAAGCUCCCCUCUUAAUGGAAGCACAGUGAGCUGUAGUCCAAUCAGGAGGACCCCAUCGCCAAAAGAAUCGUGCGGAGGUCACUGGGAUGACAGCACUAGUGACUCAGACUUGGAGAAGGGGGCUCGGGAACAGUCAGAGAAAGAGACGCAGUCCCCAAGUCCCCGGCACCCCAUGCCUGUGGGCCACUCCUCAAUGUGGCCCGAAACAGAGACACAUACCAGCCUUUCCUCAGACUCAAAUCUAGGACCUGCCCGACCAAGUCUGGACUUUCCUGCUUCGGCCUUCGGCUUCUCCUCCUUGCAACCUGCUCCCCCUCAGCUGCCCUCUCCAGCUGAACCCCGGUCUGCACCCUGUGGCUCCCUUGCCUUCUCUGGGGAUCGAGCACUGGCCCUGGUUCCAGGAACUCCAACCAGAACCCGACAUGAUGAGUACCUGGAAGUAACCAAGGCGCCCAGCCUGGAUUCCUCACUACCCCAACUCCCAUCACCCAGCUCUCCCGAGGCUCCUCUCCUCUCCAAUCUGCCGCGACCAGCCUCUCCAGCCCUGUCUGAAGGGUCCUCUUCUGAGGCUACCACACCUGUAAUUUCAAGUGUGGCUGAACGCUUCCCUCCUGGCUUAGAGACUGCUGAACAGGGUGAAGGAGAACUGGGCCCAGGAACAGAGCCAGCUGCCCACAGCCUCUGGGACCUUGCUCCCCUGAGCCCAGCCCCCUUACCCUCACUGGACUUGGCUCCAGCCCCAGCUCCAAGCCUGCCUGGAGACAUGGAUGAUGGUACGCCGCCCUGCCGCCUGGAGUGCUCAGGGGAACUCAACAAGAAGUCAAGCCCCUUCCAGAGCCUCUCUGGAGUUCACGCAGCCAAUGGCCUAGCAGAAACCAGCCCCAAUCCCCUAGGGCUUGCCACAGCCAAGGGAGAAAAAGAAGACGCUGCUGAGGCCUGCCCUGCUUGGGAACGGGGGUCUUGGCCUGAGGGAGCUGAGCGGCGCUCACGGCAGGACACACUGCUCUCAUCUGAGCAUCCUGGGAAGAGCCCCGGUGGCCCACACUGUAGUCUUUCUCCUGAAGUUGAGGCUGGACCUCAGGGAUGUGCUACAGAGCCCCGCCCCCACUGCGGGGAGCUUUCUCCUUCAUUCCUGAACCCACCUCUGCCUCCAUCCACAGAUGACAGUGACCUUUCAACUGAAGAAGCUCGGCUGGUAGGAAAAGGAGGGCGGCGCCGGGCAGGGAGGCCAGGGCCCACAGGGGGCCCAUGCCCUAUGGCUGAUGAGACACCCCCCACAUCAACCAGUGACUCAGGCUCCUCACAGUCAGAUUCUGAUGUCCCACCAGAAACUGAAGAGUGUCCGUCCAUCACAGCUGAGGCAGCCCUCGACUCAGAUGAAGAUGGGGACUUCCUGCCUGUGGACAAGGCCGGGGGAAUUAGUGGAACUCACCACCCCAGGCCUGGCCAUGACCCACCCCCGGCUCCCCAGCCAGACCCCCGCCCCUCCCCUCCCCGACCAGAUGUCUGCAUGGCUGACCCCGAGGGGCUCAGCUCAGAGUCUGGGAGAGUUGAGAGACUACGAGAAAAGGAGAAGGUGCAGGGGCGACUGGGGCGCAGGGCCCCCAGCCGGGCCAAGCCAGCAUCUCCUGCACGGCGUCUGGAUAUUCGGGGAAAACGGUCACCUACUCCUGGUAAAGGGCCUGCAGAUCGAACAUCUAGGGUCCUACCCCGCAGAACUCCAAGCCAGGUCACCCCAGCAGAAGAAAAGGAUGGACACAGUCCCAUGUCCAAAGGCUUAGUCAAUGGACUCAAGGCAGGACCCACAGCCUUGGGCUCCAAGGGUGGUUCCGGCCCCCCUGUGUAUGUGGAUCUUGCCUACAUCCCAAAUCACUGCAGUGGCAAGACUGCGGAUCUGGACUUCUUCCGCCGAGUGCGCGCAUCCUACUAUGUGGUCAGUGGGAAUGACCCUGCCAAUGGCGAGCCAAGCCGGGCUGUGCUGGAUGCUCUGCUGGAAGGCAAGGCCCAGUGGGGAGAGAACCUUCAGGUGACUCUGAUCCCCACUCACGACACAGAGGUGACUCGGGAGUGGUACCAGCAGACGCAUGAGCAACAGCAGCAACUGAACGUCCUGGUCCUGGCUAGCAGCAGCACCGUGGUGAUGCAGGACGAGUCUUUUCCAGCCUGCAAGAUUGAAUUCUGAACAGACCCGCCCUCCCUUCCCCAAGGCUCCACUCCUACAGCGCAUACAGAGAAUGGUUACUGCUGAGUCCUUUGAGGUUGAGGGAAAUGGAGCUGGGCAGCAGGAAGAGGUCAUGUGUGAGGACUUGGGCUAAGUGAGAGGUAGUGGCCUUCCCCUCAUCUGCUCCUGGGGUCUCAAAACCAAAGGUAAUGGGGGGAUACAAAGCUACACAAGAUCACCUGACGCCUGGAACCCUGUCCUAGCACUGCCAAAUGUUGGUCUUGGAUGAGGAGGAAGGGUUUCAGAGAGCACAGUCCUCCCCAUGGAGGGAGAUGAACCCCCUCUCCAACCUCGUUAUUUAUUUGGCAUGCCAGAAAGGAUUGCCAGUAACUUAUAUGAUGUAGGGAAGGCCACGGCUGGUAAGGUACCCGGAGCUGUGCUCUUUCCUUUCUUCCAUCUCCCAUGCCCUAGCCACCAGGGUAUGGCUUCUAGCAGGGACCCGGAGGUAGAUGGCUGCUAUACUGUCUUAUUGCUUCCCUCAAUAUCUGAAUGUCUCAAUUCAAAACUUGAAGCUCUUUAGGCCAAGAACUAGGGAGAGGAAAAAGGAUCUCAUCUCCCAGCCCCAGCUUCAUACCUGGGCAGCACAAAGGGCGAGGAGAGCCCCAACCCCAGUCCUCCAGGCUCCCUGAUCAUUUAGUCUUCACUUAUCCCGUCCCAACAGUCCCGAUCCCUUCUCAUCCCCUGCUUGGCUUCUCUGCAUGUGGUCAUCUGCUAUGGCCUGGUGUGUAAUGGGUUAAAAAUAAGCCAUUGCCUGACACUCCUGACACCCCUACAUCUGACAUUUUAGCCAUGUGUGACUCCCCCAACAUUCCAAAUCCUCUACCAUCCUGCAGCUGAAAUGGGAACAUUGGCUGCCUCUCUAAACCCAAACUCUCGGACAGAGGUUCUGGGAGGUGGAGGUUGGUCUAGAGAAUUUGGGGAAAACGGGAGGGGAGGGGAAAAGAAGAGAGGAAGCAGAGCUGUAGCUUAUCUCCUCCAGAGUGAAGCAGACAGGCUGAGCAUUCUACUACAGGAAAGAACCUCACCACAGGCAAGCCAGGGAGCAGUCCUGCUGAACCCUGAUGGAUUGAGAGACCCAGAUGCAGGUGGUCCCUGAGGCUUGCUUUCUCUGUCAAGCCAAUGGGAAAUCAGGAACCCACCCCAUGUUCUUCCCAGCUCCCUUCUCCCCGCUGCUGUGCUCUGCUCCUCCCCACACUUCCCACUACAGUUCCCAGCUGCUGUAACAGAGCCACCUUCAAGUCUAACAAUAAAUCAAGUUCAUUGCA